ACUGGGUUGCUUAGAACCCGAUUCGCGAGUUUCGCUCAUGAUCGACACGGGGGGGAGGAGGGAAUCAAAGCCGACGAAUGAUCCAGCAGCGACAAGCCAUCGUAUCGCAUUCUAGUCUAGGCACCCGGCGCUCUUCUUGCAGUGGUGUUAUGUACAGUAUUUCUCCAAACACUGCUUCAGCUUCGCUUUCACACCGCAUGCCCGUCAUCUGCACGAGUUCCCUCCGGAUUGCAGACGAGAUCCCUCGGAAGAACUCUACCUAUACUCCGCGUAGGUGUAGAUCGCUCGGUGAAUUCUUCACAUGCAACGACUAACUUGAAUCGGCGAGUCUUCAUAUCCAAGAAAAACAAAAGAAACACCAAGGAAAUCCUUCAGCGAGGAAAGAAACACAAGCAGCAAUAGCAUAGCUUUUGUAUUGCUUUUUUCUCUCGCUUUCAAGCAGCGCUGCAAGUCG